CAGGCAUUCACACUAAUGGAUCAGAACCGAGAUGGCUUUAUCGACAAGGAAGACCUAAAGGACACCUACGCCUCACUGGGCAAAACCAACAUCAAGGAUGACGAGCUGGAUGCCAUGCUCAAGGAGGCCUCGGGGCCCAUCAACUUCACCAUGUUCCUGAAUAUGUUUGGGGCAAAGCUGACAGGUACGGAUGCUGAGGAGACCAUCUUAAAUGCCUUCAAGAUGCUGGAUCCUGAUGGCAAAGGCAGCAUCAACAAGGACUACAUCAAGCGGCUGUUGAUGUCCCAGGCAGACAAGAUGACCGCUGAAGAGGUGGACCAGAUGUUCCAGUUUGCUACCAUCGAUGCUGCAGGCAACCUGGACUAUAAGGCAUUGAGCUAUGUGCUCACCCACGGGGAGGAGAAGGAGGAGUGAGG